AUGAAUGCCCAUGGGCCAGGGACCACCAUAUCGCUACCUGGGCAAGGAGGCUCCCGGGACACUCAGGGUCUGGCCUCUAGCCCAGUGGCCCCCUCCUUGGUUUUGUCCACACCUGGGUGUCACUUGCCUUCUCCUGUUGCCAGGUCAGAGUCUUCAGAUUUGACCCCUCCUCACAGCCCCCCGCUGCCCACCCGUCAGCUUCUGGGUCCCAGUGCAGCCGCGCUCUCAAGAUACCUGGCAGCUUCUUACAUCAGCCAGAGCCUGGCACGGCGGCAAGGCCCUGGGGGAGAUGCCCCUCCAGCCCCCCGGGGCCCCUGGUCCUCAGCCCCCACUUCACGGGCACCUUCGCCUCCACCACAGCCUCAGCCCCCUCCACCCCCCGCCCGGCGUCUCAGCUAUGCCACCACAGUCAGCAUCCACGUGGGGGGUGGGGGGCGGCUUCGGCCAGCCAAGGCCCAGGUCAGACUGAACCAUCCUGCCCUCUUGGCCCCUGCCCAGGACUCAGUGGGCCUUCGUCGGGCCCAGGGGCCUCCCGAUGCCCCGUUUCACACGUGAGCCGGGAUGCCAGGUCUUUCGGAGAGCAAAGACUUCUGCGAGAUGCCACCAACUCUCAGAACAUCACCCCCCCAAAACUGAGCCCCAGCCUGAAAACAGCAGUAGCUGUCCAGUGCCCAGG